AUGUUAAGACAGGAAAAUUAAAAGCCCAAAUUAGAUAGUCAUUCAAGUGCAGUUUUUUCAAUUUGUUACUCUUCUGAUGGAAAUGCAUAAGUAUCUGAUAGUCAUGAUAAGUCUAUCUGUUUAUGGGAUGUUAAGACAGGAAAAUAAAAAGCCAAAUUAGAAGGUCAUACAGAUGGGGUUUAUUCAAUUUGUUACUCUCCUGAUAGUACUAAAUUAGCAUCUUGUAAUCAUGAUAAGUCUAUCCUUUUAUGGGAUGUUAAGANUAAUACCCAGAGUGACUUGGCCACCACACUUCAAGGUAGUUAAUACCCAGAGUGA